CAGUGUCUUUCAUCUGAUUUGGGAAAAACGAUGUGUGUUGACAACACUUUGGUAUUUUAUUGGAAUUAUUACUUGAAAGAUCACUACUACCUUGCAGCUAUUUGAUUCAAUUACACUUUCGAAUUAUAUCAGUGUAGAUGUUAUAGAUUGUAAACCGCAUUCACAGCCAAAAAUUAGCACAAGAUUGUUCAAAAAACCUUUACAGCAAUCAAAUUAGUUUUGAAAAAUUGGAUUCCGACUAAUUCCAUGUUAUUUAUUCAAUUUCUGUGUGAUACCUUGAUGAAAGAGAUGAUUUACAGUUCUUCAGGAAUUUAAUAGAUGGGAUGCUAAAAUGAAGACUUGAACAGUGGUUUAAAGUGCAUUUGUGGUUAUAACCAGUAUUAUAUAAUGACAAGAAACGACACUUUUACAGAAAACAGAACGAUGGAAGAAAACAUAUUUGUUAUGCCAUGGUGGCAACAGGGGCUAUUUAUUACCGCCUUUGUUAUACUGUUUCUGGUGGCCACAGUUGGUAAUUUAAUUGUGAUUUGGAUUGUGUUAGCCCACAAGAGAAUGAGAACAGUAACAAAUUACUUCCUUGUUAAUUUAGCAGUGGCCGAUGCUCUAAUUUCUGUCCUUAAUACAUUGUUUACAUCAACAUUUCUGAUGUAUCAAGAUUGGUGGUAUGGAUUAGUGUGGUGUAAAUUUACAACAUUUAUUUCUGUAUGUACUGUGGCAGCUAGUGUACUGACUUUAAUGGCAAUUGCGAUAGAUAGAUAUUUGGCAAUCGUUCAUCCUCUACGUCCAAGACCUACAAGUCGAGUAGUAUUAGCCAUCACCUGUAUUUGGUCUGUAUCAAUACUAUUGGCAUCGCCUAACCUGUUAUAUGGUAACGAAGUUUUCUAUGCUAAUUCUACACAGAUUACAUGUACUCUAGUCUGGCCCGAUGGUCAACCCUCAGUCAGUGAUAUAGAUUUAUGGUACAAUGUUGUUGUCAUCAUAGUGUCCUAUGUUGUUCCAAUGUUAAUCCUUAUAAUAACAUAUACUCGCGUUGGAAUUGAGCUGUGGGGACAGAAGGCUAUCGGCGAAAAUACACAUGUACAGUAUGACCGUAUUCAGUCAAAGCGAAGGGUUGUAAAAAUGAUGAUAUUUGUGGUGAUAGUAUUUGGUAUUUGCUGGCUGCCAUACCACUUGUAUUUCUUGAUUGUCUCUGCAAUAAAGGAAAUAUCUCUCAACAGAUAUAUGCAACAGGUUUACCUAGUGAUAUAUUGGAUAGCAAUGAGCAACUCCAUGUACAAUCCUAUCAUUUACUGCUGGAUGAACAACAGAUUCAGACAAGGGUUUGUUGAGGUGUUUUGUUCCUGUCCGUGCAGGCCUUGUAAAAGACUGAAACAGAAACAUGGCCAUGAAAACACUUUUACAGCUGUUGGAACUUAUGCAAUGACAGAAAAAUAUCAGGAAAGGAAUGGGUCUGUUCUGCAAUCUGUAACAUACUACAAUGGAAAUCAGACUAAGAAAAAUGGUACAGAAAAAUUGGAAUGUUUCAGUGACGAUGAAUAUUGCUUGUGAAGAGAACUGUGUAAUUAUUUUGUAUAUUCUAUGUGAGAUCAUUAUUAAAUUAUACCAAUUAUUUUUUUUAAAAAUAAAGUGAUCCGA